GGGGAGCUGGGUUUUGGGGGAGAAUCAGAAAGCGGAGGGUAGCCGUGGGGGCCGGGCGCUCCGGUGCGGCGGCCUUGGCGGGUGCUUCAGCUGCCGUCCGCUCCGCCGAAGCGCGGAGCAGGGGCCCGCCGCCCUCCUCCUCCAUGAGGCCCCAGUGAGCUCGGCGGCGAGAGCCGGCCUGCGACGCCUCUCCCGGCGUCCUCUUCCGAGCGCAGCGGCGGUGGCCCCCGCAGCAGGAGGAGGAGGAGGAGCAUGUCGGACGGUUUCGAUCGGGCCCCAGGUGCUGGUCGGGGCCGGAGCCGGGGCCUGGGCCUGGGCCGCGGAGGGGGCGGGCCUGAGGGCGGCGGUUUCCCGAACGGAGCUGGGCCUGCUGAGCGGCCGCGGCACCCGCCGCCGCCGCAGCCCAAAGCCCCGGGCUUCCUGCAGCCGCCGCCGCUGCGCCAGCCCAGGACGGCCCCGCCGCCAGGGGCCCAGUGCGAGGUCCCCGCCGGCCCCCAGAGGCCUCCCCGGCCUGGGGCGCUCCCAGAACAAACGAGGCCCCCGAGAGCUCCACCUAGUUCGCAGGAUAAUAGCCCACAGCAGAAUUCGGAGUCAACAAUGGCUAAACCCCAGGUGGUUGCAGCUCCUGUGUUAGUGUCUAAGCUGUCUGUGAACGCCCCUGAAUUUUACCCAUCAAGUUAUUCUUCUAAUUAUACAGAAUCCUAUGAGGAUGGUUGUGAGGAUUAUCCCACUUUGUCAGAAUAUGUUCAGGAUUUUUUGAAUCAUCUUACAGAGCAGCCUGGCAGUUUUGAAACUGAAAUUGAACAGUUUGCAGAGACACUGAAUGGCUGGGUUACAACAGAUGAUGCUUUGCAAGAACUUGUGGAACUCAUCUAUCAACAGGCCACAUCUAUCCCAAAUUUCUCUUACAUGGGAGCUCGCCUCUGUAAUUACCUGUCCCAUCAUCUGACAAUUAGCCCACAGAGUGGCAACUUCCGCCAAUUGCUACUUCAAAGAUGUCGGACUGAAUAUGAAGUUAAAGAUCAAGCUGCAAAAGGGGAUGAAGUGACUCGAAAACGAUUCCAUGCGUUUGUACUCUUUCUGGGAGAACUUUAUCUUAACCUGGAGAUCAAAGGAACAAAUGGACAGGUUACAAGGGCAGACAUUCUUCAGGUCGGUCUUCGGGAGUUGCUGAAUGCCCUCUUUUCUAAUCCUAUGGAUGACAACUUAAUUUGUGCAGUAAAAUUACUGAAGUUGACAGGGUCAGUUUUAGAAGAUGCCUGGAAGGAAAAAGGAAAGAUUGACAUGGAAGAAAUUAUUCAGAGAAUUGAAAAUGUUGUCCUAGACGCAAAUUGCAGCAGAGAUGUAAAACAGAUGCUCUUGAAGCUUGUAGAACUCCGGUCAAGUAACUGGGGUAGAGUCCAUGCAACUUCAACAUACAGGGAAGCAACACCUGAAAAUGAUCCUAAUUAUUUUAUGAAUGAGCCAACAUUUUAUACAUCUGAUGGUGUUCCUUUCACUGCAGCUGAUCCAGAUUACCAAGAAAAAUAUCAAGAGUUACUUGAAAGAGAAGACUUUUUUCCAGAUUAUGAAGAAAAUGGAACAGAUUUAUCAGGGGGUGGUGAUCCAUACUUGGAUGAUAUUGAUGAUGAGAUGGACCCAGAGAUAGAAGAAGCUUAUGAAAAGUUUUGUUUGGAAUCAGAGCGUAAGCGAAAACAGUAAAAUUGAGUUUCAGCAUAUCAAUUUUAUAAAGCAGUUUAGGUUAUGGUGAUUUAGCAGAACACAGGAAAGCAAGAAAAUGUGUCACACUUAUACCAAAUUAAGGAUGUUGAGUUAUGUUACUAAUGUAUGCAACUUUAAUUUUGUUUAACACUCUCUGCCAAAAUAAACUUUAUUCCCUAUAACUUAAAA